CCAAACACAGUUGUCGGUCGACGCGGUUAUAUUAUUGCAACGCGACGAGGCGCACGAAGCGGAUCCGUUUUAUGACAAUCCGCUAAGAUUGUCACCGAAGUCGUCAACUCACUUCCAAGGUGGAGAUAGAUUUGUUGCCAUAACACAGUGUGUGCCCAGCUUACGAAUUUCCUAUUGCAUGGUCAAUCUAGUUAUUGUUAAUAUAAUGGAAAUCGCCUUGGAAUUAUAAAAAAAAAAAAGAAAAAAGAAAAAAGAAAAAGAAGUUACGUAUAAUAUGCCAAAGUUAGCAAUAGUGUUUUUGACAUAAGAAAUUGUGAGGAAAACCAACUACGUGUACCAGCUAACUAACCUAAAUGAUGUGGCGUUACCUCGCUUUAGAGUUGAUAUUGAUCAUUAAAUACAUUUCUUUCAUAGACGCCUAUUGCGAACCACCGUGGCAACCGAUGAACGGCCACUGUUACAAGCACGUAAAAACGGCAGCUAAUUGGUUCACCGCAAAAUCUGCCUGCCAAAACGAACAAUCGAGCCUUACAACAUUAUCAUCCCUUGGAGAGGCGUUCGAUGUCUACGAUAUGGUUAACGACAACGGCGGAUGUUACAUUUGGAUUGGUUACCAUGACAAUGAUGUAGAAGGACAAUGGGUAUGGGUUGAUCCAACCGAGCACACUUCUUUUGAAGAUUGGUAUGGUGCACCUGGUUAUGACACGUCAAAGAAUUGCGUUCUUUCCGACUGCGAUCUUCACCACUAUUGGAUAGACGAGGUGUGCUCAGAUGCGUAUGGUUAUGUUUGCGAAAAAGAUCAAUUGCCAUGGCCACGGAUGACCACUUCGGCUUCAGAGCAGACAACCGUUUCCGUAGGGGCGAAUCGCGCGACAACUGACGUCAUGGUAACAACACAACCCACUGCUACAACGAUGGAGAUACAUUUUCCCCCGGCUACAACGCAGUUACCUGAAAUAAACGACGAGGAUGAUCAAAGACAAGUUUUCCGUUCUGCAUUGGCACGAAAAUACGAGUGUAUGAGAGAAAAUGAGGAUUCAACCGAGAACUCUGGCAAUUAUCUGACUUUGUUCAGAACUCGGAGCUUCUCACGCUGUAUUAUGGAGUGCAGAUACUUAAAUAAUUGUACUGCUGUCAAGAUACACCAAAACGAGUGUUCCCUGCUACUGGGCCCUGAUGGGUUGGACAUGACCAAGUUGAUUUAUCUGGUUUACAAAUUGGCCUAGGCGCAUUAGGAUAAGUUUGAUCGUCGCGAAAUCAUUUAAUUUAAUUCGAAACCUUCGAUUUUCAGCGGUUUUCGCUAUUUUUUCGCACAUUUCUCUUCAUAACUUUAAUUCUACUUGUCCGAUUUUCGCCAUUGUCCUUUUAUCCUAUUCCAAAUUUAAUAACAGUUUUAUUGAGAGAAAAGGAGGGUUCAACCCAGAACUCUGGCAAUGAUCUGACUUCGAAGUUCAGAACUCGGAGAUUCUCAUGCUGUAUUAUGGAGUGCAGAUACUUAAAUAAUUGUACUGCUGUCCACAUACACCGAAACGAGUGUUCCCUGCUACAGGGCCCUGCUGGGUUGGACAUGACCAAGUUGAUUUAUCUGGUUUACAAAUUGGCCUAGGUGAUAUGGAAUUAUUUGAUUGUAUUUAAUAAGAUGGUAAACUCAUCUCAACAAUGUUAAUUAAAAUGAAUAAAAUAUAUUCGAGUACUGAGGUUUCCAAUUAAGUACAAGGCACGUACCCAAGGGGGAGGGGUGACGGGUGUGUACGCACCCUUCCUCCUCAAAUUACAAGAGUUUUACGUAGAAAAUUCAAUACUAACUCUCGCACGUUCUAAAACCAUCCACCACACCUCCUCCACCAAUCAGAGUAGUUUCCAACUAGGAUCUCAUCUAAUUCUUCGUACAAGCAACGACUUUUAUCUGUGUUAUCUUUUUGAGAAAUUUGAGUGUUUUUCCACACCGCUUGCGUGUCAAUGAUUAACACUGGGAACAAACUCAUCUUGUAGGUUUCAAUAAAAUCAUCUUUAUUCUCGUUUGCAAAUCAUCCUGAUACAGUAGGUAUUGAUUUUGCACAGUUCUCCAUGGCGAAGGUCAGAGCAAGAAAUAUAUAUAGGGCAUAGGCCUAUUAUUUUAAUACACAAAGAAAAUUAUAUUCGAAUUUAAAUCUGAGAGUGCCAUAUCCGGCCAGCUAUAGAGGAUCUGUGAACGUCUUUCCAUAUUAAAUAUUUCGAAUUCCUCGAUCCGCUAUUGAGAGUGGCGGAUUCAAGGGCCGGCCGGCUCGCCCCCUUCCCCUUUUUUUCAUAACUUCAAAAAAUGAGAAAAAGAAAGUCUGAGAGUGCCAUUUCCGGCCUAGAAGUGCCAUAAUCAUAAAUUUUCAUCUGUAAAAUUCCAUCCCUGGCCCCAUCUAUUUAAUUCAAAUUCCUGGAUCCGCCACUGAUAACCGUUUCUAUUCAUAUCCCCUGCCCCUAAUAUUGGAAAAAAUUAUAUUAAAUCUGAGAGUGCCAUUUCCGGCCAUCUAGAAGGUCCAUAAUUAUAAAUUUUCUUAUCUCAGCCCCAACCAUGAUAGGGCUGAGGCGAUUGAUCGGCCCUCCACGGGCCCCUGCUAUUUAAUAUUGUUCAUAUAUUAUUGCAUCUUCAGAAUCGAUUAAAUAAAACUUGCCCUUCGACACCAACCGGCUCUGUCCCUGGCGCCCACCCCACCCCCACGCUUCCCUCCACGCCAUUUUGGUCUAAUGUCUACAAAUUCUCACCCAUCCAAUAAAAUAUUCCUGCUUACUGGCCUGAGUACGCUUAUAAUGCGGUUCUUAAAAAAAAAAUCAAUGGAAUAGUAAAGAUAGAAACUUGAUAUACUAAGACACAUUCUUAAUAAACAAAGACGAAUUUUGUGAAAUUAUACAAAUAUUGUAAUAAAUAAUGGCACUGAU